AUUUUCUUACCAGAAUAAAACAAGCCAAGCCAAGCUCCCCUGUUAUUUUCUCUCUUUUGCUUCAAUCAGUACCCUUUCAUGGCUUCUUCUUCCUCUUCUCCUCCAAUGAAGUAUCAAGUUUUCUUGAGCUUUAGGGGUGAAGACACACGUCUUAACUUCACCUCUCAUCUACACCAAGCUUUGAAGGGGAAGGGAUUUGGUGUCUUCUUCGAUGAAGAAGAAUUGGAAAGAGGGGAGCGUAUUUCACCUGCACUUUCUCGAGCAAUUGAAGCAUCAAGACUCUCCAUCAUCGUUUUGUCUAAAGACUAUGCUUCUUCAAAAUCAUGCUUGGCUGAACUCUCCGAUAUUAUGAACCGCAAGAAAACUCAUGGUCAAAUUGUUCUUCCCAUCUUUUAUCAUGUCGAUCCCUCUGACGUUCGGAAUUUUGGUGGCAGUUUCAAAGCAUCUUUUGAUGUCCAUGAAUCAGAUAGGCCUCGUGAUGAAGUGAAGCGAUGGAAAGCUGCCUUUGCUGAAGCCGGUAAAUUAAAAGGGUGGCAUAUAGCUGGAGUCCAAUUUGACAGAUCUGAAACCGAUUACAUUAAUGAUAUUGUUGAAUAUGUAUUAAAUAAGUUGAUGAAUAGUUAUUCUGGAAGUGCUUCUGAAGAAUUUAUCGGAAUAGAUUAUCAGAAAAAGAAGAUUUUGGAGCUGAUUAAGCAAAAUCGAGUAAUAGGACUCUGGGGCAUGGGUGGUAUUGGCAAAACCACCUUUGCUGAUGUUGUUUAUAUGGAAGUCUCUAACACGUUUGAAAGUUGUUGCUUUCUUCAAAAUGUUAGAGGGAAAAUAGAAAAACAAGGGAGGGAAUCCGUGCGAAACGAAUUUCUGUCCAUACUUUUAAAGGACAAAGAAAUUCGUAUAGACACCCCUUCCAUAGGGUACCCUUACAGGGAGAGGCUGAACAAUAUACGAGUAAUUGUUGUCCUCGAUGACGUUAAUGACCCAGAACAAGUAGACUGGAUGGGUGUUAAACAUUUUGGUGAUGGAAGUAAAAUCAUUCUAACGUCUAGAGAUAGACAAGUGCUUAAGAAUGGAGGAGCUACCCAAAUACAUAAGGUGGAAGAGUUAAAUGAGAAGUAUUCUCUUCAACUUUUUUCUAUUACUGCAUUUAAGCAGUUGAAUCCUUCUGUUGAUUUUCAAGAUCUACCCUACGAGUUUGUACGGUUAGCCGAUGGCAGUCCACUUGCUCUUAAGAUUUUGGGUGCUAAGCUAUAUUCAAAGUCUAUAGAAGAGUGGAAAAAGUAAACAAGUUUGAUGAACCAAAAAUUUCACAGAUUUUGAAGAGUAGCUUUGAUGGGUUGGAUAAACUACAGAAGGAUAUAUUUCUCGACUUAGUAUGCUUCUUUAAAGGGGAAUCAAAAGAAGAAGUUGAAAAAUUUCUAAGUUGCUUGUAUAAAGGUGCUGUGAGUGGACUAAGCAGCUUGCUCGACAAAUGCCUAUUUGACAUCAAUUCUUAUGGGCGGAUUUCUAUGCAUGAUAUGCUUGAAGAAAUGGGUAAAGAUAUUGUUGAUCAAGAAUCUAAAUACCCUGAAAAGCGUACAAGGCUGUGGAAUCCUAAGGACGUGUGUUAAGUGCUCAACAAUACUAAAGGAACUGACCGAAUUGAAGGAAUAAAGUUCAAGUUGUCUCAUAGUGAUAGCCUAAAUUUAAGUCCUACAUGUUUUGAGAACAUGUCUAAUCUUAGAUAUGUCAAAUUCGAAGUUACAUGGAGUCGGACGGAGGAACAAACUACAAAUGGAGU